CAGUAUGCUAGUGGCUAGAACGUCUAUAUCUAGCACAUGUAUACCUCAUACCUCCAGCUCUAUACACACACGGGCAACAGGAUAUAGACAGAGUGCUCGUAUGUGUACAGCUGGUUCUCUAAACUCUCGCAGGUUUAUCUUCGAAGAUCAUCUUAUUAGGGGGACGCGAAAACAUGUAUGUGUACGUGUGUUGUAUACAGAGGAUGACAUAGACUAAAUUGAGGAUUUGUCAGCAUGCAAUGACUGUAGUGCCAGGUGUGACCUUCAGAGUACUCUACUGAAUCCGGUAAUUGCAAUUUAUACAACAGUUAUUUCGAAAGGAAACGUUUUCCAGAAGUAACACAAACAAAGAAACUCACGUGUGAUUAGUCGUAACCAUGGAACCUAUAGUUACAUAGUAACUGAACAACCGCGAGAUUCAAACAAUGUUUAAAACUUAACAAAUAUAUACGGAAGCUUCGAUAUUGCCACGACCAAACAGAAUCAAUAGAUGAUGGCUUGUUUUAAGAUUUAACCGUUUGUGUGUGUCGUUGCAGUCAAAAUAUUCAGCGAACUCUGCCAUUGAUUUUUUUUGUCCAAUGAUUCAGCCAUCUUAACGAUAAGAUUCAGUCACCAUGGGAAGUUUUCCGGGUCAUGCACUGCCCGGCUCGUUCUUCAUCGUCGUAUCAUUAUGGUGGACUGUCAACAUUGUGUAUUACUUUAACAAAGCUCGGUGGACAGGACAAACAUACCUAUGUCGGUCUAAUUUCAUGCUGUACCGACAGACUGGCCCUUACAAAGUCGUUCCUGUUGAAGCCAUAUUCAAAAUAAUCUUCGCAGUCGUCGGAAUUCUGGGAGAAUUCAUUUGGGCUUUGAAAUAUGACUUUGGUUUACCUGUUGGAAAUGCGCAGCAUAUGACGAUGUUUGCCUUUUUUGGUAUAUCUGGGAUGUGUGAUGUUAUAGCCCAUUACAAGAGAGGCUUUGUUCCCCCAAAUAUUGACUAUGUCGCCAUAAUUCUUGCUUUCCUCGUGGAGGCUCUUUUAUUUAAUUUUCAUUUGCACGGGCGAUCUUCACUUGACGCCACCAUUCACUCCCUCCUGGUGUACACCAUCUUGUCCAGUGCUAUUUUAAUCGGUGUCGAGUCGAUAAUGGUCAACAACGCUCUGGUCAGUUUGACCAAGGCAUUGUCGUUGCUCGUGCAUGGUACGUGGUUUUGGCAAAUCGGAUUUAUUCUCUAUAGUCCGUCUCGUGUGCCAUCUUCAUGGCAUGCUGAGGAUCAAGAUCACAUAUUUCUAGCAGUUCUGGUUUUCGUUUGGCACGUGGCCUUCAAUAUCGCGGUUAUUGCAGUUACGGGUGUCACGGUAACCAUUGUCCAAAGAAGACUGUUUCAUGAGACCAGCGGCUAUCGGGCUGUGGAUAUCUCUGAUUCCCAGUUCUCUAGGACCAUGUUCUUGGGCAAGGAGGACGUGUUGACGGACGAAUCAGAUUCGAGCUGACCAGGUCGAAGCUACAGGAAAGACAACCCCGUCUUUACUGCCAAAUGCUAAAUAUUGCAAACAUCUUUUUAUCCGAUAACUGCAUUACACGCAUUUAUUGUCAAAAUAUUUUUAUUUAAUAAUUAAUAAAAAUGAUAUGCUUUUGAACCAUUUAGUAUAUGAUUUCUCCAUGUUAACGUAAUAGGAUGACAAUGUUAUAGUGUUCAUCGAAGGAUGAACAAUGCCUAGUGAUCAUUGGAGGAUGAAAGCCUCUAAUGUUCGUUGGAGGAUUACAACACCUAGUGUUCUUUUGAGAAUUACCGUGUCUCGUGGUCAUACGUUGGUGUUAGUGAUUAGUCCAUUAAAGCGUGACAGUUACACUAAAACUUUACAAUGUCACACGUUGUUAGUUUGGAUUUUUUUUACACUUUAAUUAAAGGCAAACGAAAACCAGGGAUGACAAAAAUACGUUUAUCUUAACGUAGUGUCAACUUACCGAGAGGGAGAAUGUUCAGAGGCAAUGAUCCUCUCUGGAAUAGCCUUUGUGAAAUGUCGCGAGCGAGAGUAUUGUGUUACAUGUAGCGAUUGAGAAACGUUAACAAGAUGCAUACGAAUUUCCGUGUGAUUGAGGAUCGUUUUUUACUUACAAACAAAACAACAGAUGCAACGUUUACCAAUAAAACUAUGCAAGGUAAUAUCUAAAUGUGUCUGUUUUA